CCAUGAAGAGCGACCGUUCAAUGGAUCCAAUCACCGUGUUCAGGGACAGAAACCAGACUGAACACAAAGGACAGCAGCCGUACCCUCAUCCAGCUGUUUAUCCAUGAAGAGCGACCGGUCCAUGGAUCCAAUAACUGUUUUCAGAGAUGGAGACCUGCCUGAGCACAAAGAGAUCCAGUAGCAGACAGCAGCCAUACCCUCAUCCAGCUGUUUAUCCAUGAAGAGUGACCGGUCCAUGGAUCCAAUAACUGUCUUUAAAGAAGGACACCAGCCUGUUCAGAACAGUGAUGAGCUGCAGGACUCAGCGGCUCUCAGUGUUCAGUCUGUUCAUCAUCAAACUGAUCUGGACUCCAUAUUUAAGGCUCUGGAGGAAAGCAUGGUAGUUUUUGUGAAGUCAGAGCUAAAGAAAUUCCUCAACAUUGUUGGACCAGAUUAUCAUGAACACUUAAAGAACCAGAGAGAGAACGAAGAGGUGUUGGGUGGAGGUGAGGAAGAGGAGGAAAAUACCAGCGGAGAGUCAUUUCUGAAUCUCACACUCGACUUUCUGAGGAGGAUGAAGCAAAAGAGGCUGGCUGAUUAUCUGCACAGCAGGGCCUCUUCAACGAAGUAUCAGCAAAGACACAAGACUAACCUGAGGAAGAGUGUCCAGCAUGUGUUUGAAGGGAUUGCUAAAAGCGGAAGCUCAGCUCCGCUGAACCAGAUCUACACAGAGCUUUACAUGACAGAGGGAGGAACCGGAGAUGUUAAUGAGGAGCACGAGGUCAGGCAGAUUGAAAUGACCUCCAGGAAACAAGGCAGUCCUGAAACUGUCAGAAUAGAAGACAUCUUUAAGGUUCAUAAUGACAAAGCUCAGCCAAUCAGAACAAUGCUCACUAAAGGAGUUGCUGGCAUUGGGAAAACCAUCCUAACGCAGAAGUUCACUUUGGAUUGGGCCGAAGACAAAUCACAUCAGGAAAUUCAUUUUACUUUUCCAUUUUCCUUCAGAGAGCUGAAUGUGCUGAAAGAGGAGAGAUUCAGUUUGGUGGAACUCGUUCACCGCUUCUUUCCAGAAAGCAAAGAAAUCUGCAGUUUUGAACAAUUUAGUGUAUUGUUCAUUUUUGAUGGCUUGGAUGAGAGUCGACUUCCACUGGACUUCACCAGCAGUCCGAUCCUGACCGACGUUACAGAGUCCAGCUCAGUGGACGUCCUGCUGACAAACCUGAUCAGGGGGAAGCUGCUGCCCUCCGCUCGCCUCUGGAUAACCACACGACCUUCAGCGGCCAAUCAGAUCCCUGCUCAGUGUGUGGAUCUGGUGACAGCAGUCAGAGGGUUUUCAGAUUCCAAAAAGGAGGAGUACUUUAGGAAGAGGUUUGUAGACCAGAAGCAGGCCAGCAGGAUCAUCUCCCACAUCAAAUCGUCACGAAGCCUCCACAUCAUGUGCCACAUCCCGAUCUUCUGCUGGAUCACUGCCACAGUCCUGGAGGAUGUGCUGAAAACCAGGGAAGAGGGGCAGCUGCCAAAGACCCUGACAGAGAUGUACAUCCACUUUUUAGUUGUUCAGACCAAAGUGAAGAAAGUUAAAUAUGAUAAAGGGAUGGAAACAGAUCCACACUGGAGUCCAGAGAGCAGGAAGAUGAUCGAGUCUCUGGGAAAACUGGCUUUUGAUCAGCUGCAGAAAGGAAACCUGAUCUUCUAUGGAUCAGACCUGACAGAGUGUGGCAUCGAUAUCAGAGCAGCCUCAGUGUACUCAGGAGUGUUCACACAGAUCUUUAGAGAGGAGAGAGGGCUGUACCAGGACAAGGUGUUCUGCUUCGUCCAUCUGAGUGUUCAGGAGUUUCUGGCUGCUCUUCAUGUUCAUCUGACCUUCAUCAACUCUGGAACCAACCUGCUGAUGGCAGCACAAAACACACCACAAACAGGAGAACUAGAUUCUACAGCAGUCCAGCUUCAUCAGCUCGCUGUUGACAAGGCCUUACAGAGUCCAAACGGACACUGGGACAUGUUCCUCCGCUUUCUGGUUGGACUUUCUCAGCCUGUGAAUCAAGCGCUGCUACGAGGCCUACACACACAAACACAAAGCAGCUCACAAAGCAACCAAGAAACAAUCCAGUACAUCAAGAAGAUGAUCAGCGAUGAUGUGUCUGUAGAGAAAAGCAUCAACCUGUUCCACUGUCUGAAUGAACUGAGCGACCGCUCUCUGGUAGAGGAGAUCCAACAGUACCUGAAAUCAGGAAGUCUGUCCACAGACAAACAGUCUCCGGCUCUGUGGUCGGCUCUGGUCUUCAUCUUACUGUCAUCAGACGAAGACUUGGACGUGUUUGACCUGAAGAAGUACUCUGCCUCAGAAGAAGCCCUGCUGAGGCUGCUUCCAGUGGUCAAAGCCUCCAACAGAGCUCUACUGAGCGGCUGUAACCUCUCUGGGAGAAGCUGUGAAGCUUUGUCUUCGGUUUUAAGCUGCCAGUCUUCCAGUCUGAGAGAACUGGACCUGAGCAACAACAAGCUGGAGGACGUAGGAGUGAAACUGCUUUCAGUGGGACUGGAGAGUCCAAACUGCAAACUGGAAUCCCUCAGGUCAGAACAUGCUGGUGUUUCAACUGGUUACACUUGUUUCCAAUCUUUGGUCGAACCAAGCUUGUAAAGUUUUCAAACCCCCCAUCCCAUUUUUAGUCUUACAGGAUGUCUAAUCACGGAGGAAGGCUGUGCUUCUCUUGCCAAAGCUCUCGCCUCCAACCCGUCCCACCUGGAAGUCCUGGACCUCAGUUACAAUCAUCCUGGAGACUCAGGAGUGAUGCUUCUGUCUUCUAGGUUGAAAGAUCCACACUGCAAACUGGAAACACUCAGAGUGGACUGCUGUGGAAAGCAGUGGCUCACGCCUGGACUGAAGAAGUAUUUCUGUGAACUUGAACUGGAUCCAAACACAGCUGGCCGAAAGCUGGUUCUGUCUGACAACAACAAGAGUGCAAAAAUCGUAAACCAAGAGCAGCCGUACCCUGAUCACCCGGACAGAUUCGAAUGGAACCAACUUCUGUGCAAAAAUGGCCUGACUGGUCGCUGUUACUGGGAGGUGGAGUGGAGUGGGAGGGUUCUGGUGUCAGUGAGCUACAGGCGACUCACCCGGAGGGGCCUGAGCAGCGAAUGCUGGUUUGGUGGGAACGAGCUGUCGUGGGGUCUGAGGUGCUGUGACGACGUUGGUUACGCCAUCUGUCAUAAGAACAACAUGGCCAUCGUCCCCCUGCCACAGUCCUGCCUCUCCCACAGGAUAGCGGUGUAUCUGGACUGUCCUGCUGGGACUCUGUCUUACUAUCGAGUGUCUGCUGACACCCUGAUGCACGUUCACACCUUCAACGCCACGUUCACGGAGCCGCUGUACCCUGGCUUUGGGUUCUGGUACGAUUCCUCAGCGACUCUGUGUUCCCUAGAAAUGAGUGCGCCACCAAAAACGCUCGGGGUGGAAGAUGAGCCUCAGGGUGAAGCUCAGAGUAGAUCUGAACCAACCUGGAAGCCACUGAGGAAUAAACGCUCCAAAGACUUUGAUAUGGAUUUUAGUAACUCGCCUCAUAAGACGCACUCUGAGCAGGAACACGAAAGCGAAUGCUCUGGAACUGGACCAGAACCGAGACUCCAACCUCCUGGAGUGUCUUUGAAAAGAGACAAAUUUCUCAACAUACCACUGGAUUUCAAACCAGCACCUUCUACAGAAACCCGUAAAGCUCCAGGCUCCCCUGUGCCCUGCCUGUCGAUGAAGAGCGACUCCUCCAUGGAGAUUGCAACACAGUUUAAAAACAGACGUCAAACUUUUCAUAGCAGCCAAGACUUCCCAGAUGAGUCUGGUGCUGAAUCUGCCAGAGAGCAGCAUCAAAAAGAGCUGAACUCUGUGUUUCAGAUGCUUGAGGAAAACCUUAUGACUUUUAUGAGAAAUGAGCUGCAGAAGUUUCAGCUGAUUCUGAGCUCAGAUUAUUCAGAAGCUGCAGAAAAUCAGGAGAAAGAAGAUGAGAGCAGCACUGCAGACCCAGAACAGGCCAAAGGCAGCAGGGAGGCGUUUCUGAAGCUGUCGCUCCACUUCCUGAGGAGAAUGAGGAAAGACGACCUGGCCGACUGUCUGUGGAACAGGACCUGUGCAACAGAAUGCACACAAAAGCUGAAGUCCAGCUUGAGGAAAAGAUUCUGCUGUGUGUUUGAGGGACUCGCUAAAGCAGGAAAUCCAACACUGCUGAACCAGAUCUACACAGAGCUGUACAUCACAGAGGGAGGCGAUCGGGAGAUCAACGAAGAGCACGAGGUCCGGCAGAUCGAAGCAGCGUCCAGGAAGCAGCGCGUUCAAGAAAAAACCAUCAGACAGGAAAACAUCUUUAAAGCUUCACCUGAAAAAGACAAACCAAUCAGAACAGUGAUGACCAAGGGAGUCGCUGGGAUUGGGAAAACGGUCCUGACGCAGAAAUUCGCUCUGGACUGGGCUGAAAACCGGAGCAACCAGGACAUCCAGUUCAUUUUCCCCUUCACUUUCAGAGAACUCAACGUUCUUAGAGAGAAACGGUUCAGUCUGGUUGAACUUGUUCAUCACUUCUUUAAUGAAUCCAAAGAAGCACAAAUCUGCAGGUUGAACGACUUCCAGAUCGUGUUCAUAUUUGACGGGUUGGAUGAGUGUCGACUUCCUCUGGACUUCAGCAACAAUGAGGUCCUGACCGACGUGACAGAGUCCACCUCUCUGGACGCUCUGCUGACAAACCUGAUCAGGGGGAAGCUGCUGCCCUCCGCUCGCCUCUGGAUAACCACACGGCCUGCAGCGGCCAAUCAGAUCCCUGCUGACUGCGUUGACAUAGUUACGGAUGUAAAAGGGUUCACUGACGUGCAGAAGGAGGAGUAUUUCAGGAAGAGGUUUGUAGACCAGAAGCAGGCCAGCAUGGUCAUCUCCCACAUCAAGAUGUCACAAAGCCUCCGCAUCAUGUGCCACAUCCCGGUUUUCUGUUGGAUCAGUGCCACCGUUCUGGAAAACGUCCUGAAAACCAGACAAGGCAGAGAGCUGCCCAAGACCCUGACGGAGUUAUACAUCUACUUCCUGCUGGUGCAGAGCAAAGUAAAGCAACUGAAAUAUGAAGGGGGAGCAGAGACAGAUUUAACCUGGAGUCCAGAGAGCAAGAUGAUGAUCAAGUCUCUGAGGAAACUGGCUUUUGAUCAGCUGCAGAAAGGAAACCUGAUCUUCUACGAAACCGACCUGGCAGGAUCUGGCAUUGAUAUCAAGGCGGCUUCAGUUUAUUCAGGCGUGUUCACACAGAUCUUUAAGGAGGAGAGAGGGAUUUACCAGGAUAAGUUGUUCUGCUUCAUCCAUCUGAGUGUCCAGGAGUUUCUGGCUGCUCUUCAUGUCCAUCUGACCUUCGUGAACUCAGGAGUCAACCUGCUGGACGACAGACAGCCAAAACAAAGGCUGUCUAAGGCCUUUAAAAACCAGCCUAAUGUAAGAAAACUUCACCAAACUGCUGUAGACAAAGCUUUACAAAGUCCCAAUGGUCACCUUGAUCUAGUCCUUCGCAUACUGAUAGGUCUUUCACUGCCGGCCAAUCAAACGCUGCUCCGAGGCCUGCAGACACAAACCGCAAAUGUCUCGCAAUCGAAUCAGGAAACGGCUGAAUACAUCAAGAAGAAGAUCAGUGAUGGUCUGUCUGCGGAGAAAAGCAUCAACCUGUUCCACUGUCUGAAUGAACUGAACGACCGCUUCCUGGUGGAUGAAAUCCAGCAGUACCUGAGAUCAGGAAGUCUUAGCACACGGAAACUGUCUCCGGCUCAGUGGUCGGCUCUGGUCUUCAUCCUCCUGUCAUCAGAUAAAGGUCUGGACGUGUUUGACCUGAAGAAAUACUCUGCUUCAGAGGAGGCUCUGCUGAUGCUGCUGCCAGUGGUGAAAGCCUCCAACAAAGCUCUGCUACGUGACUGCACCCUGUCUGAGAAAACCUGUGAAGCUCUGUCCUCAGUGCUUGGUUCGCAGUCUUGCUGCUUGAGAGAAGUGGACCUGAGUCAUAACGACCUGGAGGACGCAGGAAUGACGGCGUUGUCUUCUGGGAUGUUGGAUCAACAGUGUGGGCUGGAAUCACUGAGGGUGGCUGACUGCAACCUGUCCCAGAGGAGCUGUGAGACUCUUUCCUCAUGUCUCAGUUCAAAGAGUUUGAGGCUCCAGAGUCUGGAUUUAAAUUACAACAACCUGCAGGACGUCGGCCUGAAGCAGCUUUCUGAGGGACUGAAGAGUCCGUACUGCCAUCUGGAGAGGCUCAGCUUGACGGCAUGCAGCCUCUCAGAGCACAGCUGUGAAACUCUGGCCUCGGUGCUCAGCUCUCCCUCCUGCAGCCUCAGAUCUCUGAACAUGAGCAACAACCACCUGAGCGAGUCGGGGCUGCAGCGGCUCUGUGCUGAACUGAAGAACAAACACUGUCAGAUGGAGACGCUCAUACUGUGUGGAUGCCAACUCUCAGAAAGAUGCUGUUCAUACAUAUCCUCAGUUCUCAGCACUCAGUCGUCCAAACUGAGAGAGCUGGACCUGAGCAGCAACAACCUGAGAGACGCAGGAGUGCAGCAGCUGUGCAGUGGGCUGGGGACGCCGCACUGCACGCUGGAGACGCUCAGACUGUCAGGCUGUCUGGUGACAGGAAAAGGUUGCGGCUACCUGGCAUCGGCCCUGAGCUCCAACCCGUCUCACCUGACAGAACUGGACCUGAGCUACAACCAUCCAGGAGUCGUAGGGAAGCAAAUGCUGUCCUGUGAGCAGAAACAGUGGAAACUGGCUAAUCUGAGUUUGGACCAAGGCGGAGAACACAGGCUAAAGCCUGAUGUGAGAAAGUAUUGGGGUGAACUUGAAGUGGACAUGAAUUCGGUGAACAGACAUCUCCGCCUCUCUGACAACAACACGGAGAUUCGGCAGGUGGAGGACGAGCAGCCGUACCUCGACCACCCAAACAGGUUCCAGACCUGCUGGCAGCUCAUGUGCAGAAAUGGCCUGACUGGUCGCUUCUACUGGGAGGUGGAGUGGAAGGGAGCAGUUCUCAUCUCUGUGAGCUGCAAAGGAAUCAAACGAAGUGGGAAAAGUGAGGACUGCCGGUUUGGAAGGAAUGAUCAGUCCUGGACGUUGGAGUGCUCCGAUGUGUUUGGGUUCGCUGCCUGGCAUGUGAACAGAGAAACAACCAUCCCCUCCCCCUGCGCCCCCCACAGAGUGGGAGUUUAUCUGGACCAUCCUGCAGGAACGCUGUCCUUCUACAACGUGUCCUUUGGCAGGUUGAAGCAUCUCUACACCUUCUGCGCCACAUUUACUGAACCCGUUUAUCCCAGUUUUGGUUUGUGGUCUGGAGCCUCAGUGUCUCUGUGUUCAGCAGCUUCAAAGAAACUUUAAAGCCGUUUCCGUGUAAAUAUAACAGCUUUACAUAAUUACAGCUGUGCAUAACUAAAACCUUCUAUGUGAAUAGGUAAGUUAAGCUGUUACAUGUUUUCUAUGAAACCAAACGAUAUCCACAGAUCCCAGAGCAGCAGGAUUUGAAAACACCAACAGAUCUGUUGACAUGACGCCAUCACAGCCGUUUAAUCCAUUGUUAACAUGCAGUAAUGUGCUUUUCCGAGCCGCCUUUAAACGCAUCGUGAGUAUUAAACCUGGGGUUGCACCAUAACUCUGUGACUGUAGGAGGCGCUGUUGCAUUUUAACACUUUAAUGCCCGUUAUUGAAAACAAAUUGAUGUUCAUUUGUCACCGUUUAUCAGUUAUAUAUUCAUUAUUGAUUUGCUUCAGUUGGUCGUUUCUGUAAAUUCUGAUGAAUUUGGUUCAUAGCAAACAAAAAACACAAACUCACUUUCUCAGAAAAUUACAAGACUAAUGUGUAUUUUAAUCCGGAAAUGUGCAGCAGGAGCAGUUUAUCUUUUAUCAGCUUGAGUUAAACUCAGGUAACGAUGAGGUGGAAACCAGCCUGACCUGUGAUAAACGGUAAACGUUUCCUUCCUGGUUCCUUCCUCAGGGGAUUUUUCUCCACAGAAGUUUUGUUUUCUGGACAUGAAGUUUAUUAGACAUCACUGUCGUCUGUAAUAACAGGUCAUGUUCACUGGGACAAUAAAAUGGAAAUAAAACUCUUUUCUCUCCAAAAUGGUCCUGAAGUUU